AUGGCAAAGCAUUGGCACAUGGUGUAUCUGUUGUGUUUCUGCCGCCUCCAGACUUUUGAUGUUGCAGCUUUCAAUCUGGACACGCAGAAUGUGAUGCAGAGAAAUGGAGAUCCAGGAAGCCUGUUUGGAUUUUCUGUUGCUUUCCACCAGCAGCUGAAUCCUGCCAAAAAGAACCUAUUGCUGGUUGGAGCUCCGCGAGCAAAACACCAGAACCAAGUGAAUGUAACUGGUGUUGUUUACCAGUGUGAUCUCACUACAACGUCUGAUCGCUGCCAGCCCAUUGAGUUUGAUGAUGACGCGUUCCUGGAUAGUAAAGGCAUAAACAACCAGUGGAUGGGAGUUAGAGUGACGAGCCAAGGUCCUGGAAAAAAUGUCAUGGCUUGUGCUCAUCGAUACCAGCAAUGGAGCCCAAGUCCGAGCCUUUAUGUCCCUCGCUUGGUGACGGGUCAGUGUUACCUCUUAGGGGAUGACCUGCAGGUCGGGAAGGUAGAGAGGACGUGGAGGAGGGUAGUUUGUGGCCUUAAGCACCUGACCAAACGUCAAAUGGACCACGCAUGGUUUGCAUACUGUCAACAGGGUCAUGGGGCAUCUUUUGCAAAGGACAAUACAUCUCUGUUAUUUGGAGCACCGGGAGCGUACCUGUGGAAAGGAAUCAUACGAAUGGAGGUCGUGGACAACCUGGACGCCUUCAGUCCGGAUCCUCGUGAGACUGGGGAUUAUGACCAAUUUGACACAAACCUCAUUCCCCUACAGAGAGACAGCUACCUGGGAUUCUCCAUUGACUCUGGUAUGGCCCUCAUCAGACAGGGUGAGCUGACCAUCGUCUCAGGAGCACCCAGAGGAGGUUACAGCGGCCAGGUGGCAUUUCUUAAGGCCGAUCCCGUGUUGAAAACAAGUUUGGCUGUGGAGUUGGUCCUCUCUGGUGAGGGCCUGGCCUCCUCCUUUGGUUAUGAUGUGGCAGUGGUGGAUCUCAAUGGUGAUGGGUGGGAGGACCUCGCUGUAGGAGCACCACAGUUCUUUGAUAAAGAUGAAUUGGUUGGAGGAGUUGUCUACGUUUAUAUCAACGACAAAGGAAAAAACUGGGAGAAGAUUCGUCCAACUCCACUUCGUGGACAUAAAGACUCAAUGUUCGGCCUCGCAGUGGCAAGCAUAGGAGACAUCAAUCAAGAUGGUUUUGGAGAUAUUGCUGUGGGGGCACCAUAUGAUGGUUCUGGUCGAGUUUACCUUUACUACGGCACAUCAAAUGGAAUCAACGAAAAGCCAGUGCAGGUACUCUCACCAGGAUCCAAAGAGGCUACUCUGUUUGGAUAUUCUCUGUCUGGAAACUUGGACGUGGAUAACAAUCAGUAUCCUGAUCUGGCUGUGGGAUCUCUGUCUGAUUCUGUCUUUGUCUACAGAGCGAGGCCAGUGGUCACUGUCAGCACCUAUCUGACGGUAACACCAAAUCAAAUAGACAUCACAAAGGAACAAUGUGAUGAACGCACAUGUUAUUUUACAGCUCGGGCAUGUUUUACCUACACGACACACCCAGCAUCGCUCAACCCCAAACUGACUCUCAACUACACUUUUGAGGCCGAUGCUGAAAAGAGAAAGAUGAGACUUCCUCCCAGAAUGGACUUUCUAGGUUCUUUUCCAAGAAAAUUGGAGCUGCCUGGACAGAAGAGAGAAGUCUGUACUGACAUCCAAAUCCGACUUCUGCGUGAUAUUAAGGACAGGCUGCACAGUAUCCCCGUCUCCGUCACUGUGUCUCUUUUGAGCUCCAGUCAGACAACCAGGACGAGUGCAGAUCUGCCCAACGUUACUCCUGUCUUCAACUACUUCCAGCCAAAGAGCACAGUCUCAGAGAUUAUAUUAAUAAACAAAGGCUGCGGCAGGGACAACAUUUGCCAAAGUAACCUCGAGCUACAGUACAAAUUCUGCUCCAGAAAAAAAGACAGUCAUGAUGUUUUCAAACCACUGGCCAGCGAGGAUGGUGUUGCAGUCAUCACUCCAUCUGAAGAUGAUAUAGCUUUGGAGAUCACUGUGACUAACAGAAACGGGGAUGACGCACACCAGACUCACUUGGUCAUCAGCCUCCCCAAUGCUCUUCCUUACAACUCCACUGUCUACAGCACAGCAUCAGAAACACAAGUGAGUUGUACGGCCAAUAAAAAAGGAACACUAAUAGACUGUGAACUGGGAAAUCCACUCAAGAGAGAUGCUGAGGUUACUUUUUAUGUCCUACUCGCAACAUCCAGGGUCACACUGAGCACAAAAGACGUCAACGUCACAAUGCAACUUACAACGACGAGUGUGCAGACGAUACAGCCAGUGGAGGCGUUGGCAAAAGUGGUUUUUGAGCUGGAGCUGCGAGUAUAUGGACUAGCCAGGCCUUCUCAAGUGUCACUUGGUGAAACCUUGAAGAGUGAGAGCGCCAUAAAUUCAGUGGACGAAAUCGGAACUCCGGUUCAAUUUGAAUUUAGGAUAACAAAUUUGGGCAGAUCACUGAAAUCUUUUGCCAACGCGUCACUGAACAUCCACUGGCCGAAGGAGAACUCUGUAGGAAAAUGGGUUCUGUACUUGACUCAGAUCAGCAGUAAAGGUGUACAGUCGGUCCCCUGCUCACCUGUGGACGAGGUCAAUCCAUUGAAACAUGUAAAGGGUUGGCACGACCCCUCGAGGAAAAGACGUGAAGCUGAAGUUGAAGCUCUCUCUACUGAUGGAUUCCCAUUUCUUCCAAAAAGAAGGAAGUACAAAACCUUGACCUGCUCUGAUGGACUGAAGUGUGUGGAGAUACGCUGCCCUCUGCUGGGGUUGGACAGCUCUGCAGUGAUGGUUCUGCAUUCACGCCUGUGGAACGCCACUUUUGCAGAGGAUUACAGCUCUUUGAACUACCUGGACAUUGUUGUGGAUGCUACUCUCACUUUAACAAACUCUCCAGAGAAUAUUGGACUUCAACCAGAGAAUCCUGGCACAAAGGUAAAGGUGACAGUGUUCCUUGAGAGAAAGGUCAAAUAUUUCACUAAAGUUGCCUGGUGGAUAAUCUUCCUGACGGUCAUCGCGUUGCUCCUGUUGUUGGCAAUUCUUGGCUUCUUGUUGCGGAAGCGUGGAUGCAUUAACUGCCUCGUUCAGAACAAGAAGCUCCCACAUGAUGGAGAUCCAAACACAGAGACCGCUCCCCUUAAAGGCUGAAAGGAGACCACAGGGGCCUCAGCGGUAUGAGAGACGUGCCAUGAACACAAAAUGUCAACAGUUUGAUUCUAGCUCAAAUACCAUCCACUACCAGUGCUGAUUACAUGAUGGUACAGGAUUUGUUGAGACAUAUCUGAUGCAGAACUUUUUUUUAUUUUAGUUUAGUUGCAUGUUUUGUUCUACUUUUGUAAAAAUAAAGGA